AUGCAGCUCUCAUCUAUGCUCAUCGUCGGCCUCGGACUUUCCUCUACUACGUCCGGCUAUGUUCUCACCCUGUAUAAAGGCGAGAAUUGCGGAGGCGCCUCGCAGAGACGCAACAUCUACGACAACACCUGCGCUACCACCGAUUUUGCCCCCAAGUCCGUCCGGGUCGAGGUCUAUGGGGGUUAUAACCAGAAGGCGUACUUUUACUCUACCAAGGGAUGUAUCGCGGGCCAGGAGCUCCGUGGUCCGUGGUAUGCUGAUCAUGAGAAUAAUUCGUGGAAGAGAGGAGCGUGUAUUAGUAUGGGUGGUAGGACUGUUAAUGCCUUUGGGUCUCGAGUGUGA